GUCCACAUGGAACGCGAACAUAUCAUUCACCAGCAUGAUCUAAAUCAGGUAUUGCGUGCGUACACCUUUUUUUUUUUGCCAGCCUGCACCUUAAACGACCUUUGGAUUACCUGCGCAGAAAUGGCUCGUCGUUAUUUCCUGGUCUAUUUCAUAUUUUCCUUGUGCCUUGUUGCUGGACAGUCUCCAAAAUAUGCACUCAAGGGGCAGGAGUUCUUCUUAAAGCCAGACAUCGCUGGACAGCCUGAUGGGAUUCUGUGGAAACAUAAUGGCAACAAAGUGGUGGAGUUUAAUGGCAUUGAGCAACUUGUGUACACCCCGUAUGAAAACAGGAUCACUCUUUAUUGGGUCUCUGCAGAACUCAGCAUCACUGAACUCAGAUUUGAAGACAGUGGAGACUAUGAAUUGGAAACAGAAGUAAACAAAGAAUUACAUAGUUCAAUUUAUAAAUUGGAGGUCAUAGACAAGGUUGCCAAGCCUACCAUAUCGUGUGACAUGAGCGACGGCAGCAGCUCUAACAAAUCUGGACGGUUGGUGUGCUCGGCAGAGCCCAGACAACCUCAGUCUUUAAUGAAGUUUGAGUGGAGAACACAUGGGGGAGUGCAGCCUGGCCCAGAGCUUACAAUAUCUCUGGGGAAGGAACACGAUGAUGGUGUACAUAGUUGCAGUGUGAGCAACCCUCUAAGUAAUGAAACAGCUACAUUCGCUGCAAAGGAUUGCUACCCAGACCAAAGUUUAUCUGUAGCAGUGAUUGCCAGCAUCAUUGGCAUCGUCUUUCUAAUUGUGCUAAUCGUCAUGGUUUUGGGCAUAUGUUUCUGCAAAGUACAACAUAAAGCAUGUUUUGCAACAGCUGAUUUGGAAAAACAGUCACCCCCCUGUAAAACAGAAGGUUCAGAUAAGAUGAAAGCUCAGGGUGAUGAAAAUAAUCCUCUUCUUCAUAGAACAUCCACAAUUCCCUCUAAGCAGCCACUUCGCAAUUUGGCCCCAGCAGAACAAUAUAUGGAUAAACAAGAUGGGAUGCCACAAAAAGGGCUCGUCAAAGAGAGAAGAAAGAAUUUUGAGCAAAUCAGUGAUGGACAGACAGGUUCAAUGAAGAACAUUGACCAGCAUAAGAAAACUGUGUCUCCUCCUUCCUUUCCACGUGGUGAGCCCCCUUUUGCUCUGGAUCUGAAUAAUUGUGCUUGCAGUGACAAAGAUGAUGCAGAGUCCGGCCAGCUCAGAGACCAUGCAGAGGAUAUAGUCACACUAUGCGACCUCUCAGACUGUGAGAAGGCAAAUGAACCAGACCCAGGUGGUGUGUCGUACGACUUAGAGCCAAAGAAAGAGGCAGAUGAGGACAAGAAAAAACAGUCUGCUCCUGCCAGUGCUGAAACUACUUCUGCCACUCAGCCACAUUCUCAUUUGACCGUAAGCUGUCUAAAUAUAGCACCAAAGGACGCCACUGGUGAACACCAAGAAGACGCCAACUCAGAUCAGGUCACUGGAGAAAUUUCAGAUAAAAAUGGAGGAGAAUCUGACUCAUCAGUGGAAGAGGAAAGAAAAGAUUUGGAUGACCCUAUUGAGGACAAACAGCCGUCCACCGUUUCUGAACACAAUGGUUCAAAAACAUUGUUACAUGAGCAUGAUUUAAACUUGUUACAGGAUGAAACACAGAAAAUAGAAAGCAACCAGCAAGAAAAAGUCAAACCGGUUUCUGGAGAUGAAGAUGAAAGGAAUAGUGUAGGUGACCGUGAAGAUACAGAUGAAGACCCAGAUCUGUAUUUAGCCACCUCCACCACACCAACAGAAGCAGACAACACAAACGAUACCUUACAAAAGUCUUCAGACACUGCACAUGCAGGCCCAGAUCAACAAGAACAGGACAAGAUCGCCAUGACUUAGAUGAGGGUCAGUCAGAUAAAGGUAAGGAUGUAACUGUUGAAGAUAAAAAUGAGGUCAAGUGUGACCUAAAAGAAAAAAAGCAGGGCAAUGACAGCCGCAGUCAGGAUGAAGAAGGACAAAAGAAAGAUGAAGCUGUUGGCCUUUAAAAAGGAAGCAGGCAGUGAAAGUGAAGUUGUAAAUACAACACAGUACAAAGCAAAGGAAAAUAAGAUCAACAAAGACGUAAAGGUAAAGUUAAAUGAGUGGAGGAAUUUUAAGACUUUCCAAAUGCAGACAAAUAGUUACUGUGGAAAGAUGGACAAACUAGGAAAUUAGCAGACAAGAGCUUUGAGGUUAAAAGCAGACAAGUGGCGUAUCUCUCUCUGUGUUGCCGGUUUCUUUUUUUUCUUUUUUUAAACAUCAAAUAAAAGGCCUUAUAAAGUCAAUAACCAGUAUCUUUCUCUUAACAUUUCCCUGGCCCUCUUAACAUUAUUCAUGUAAUGUGUAGGACUGACAUCUGCAUAGGAAAUUUCAAUGUUUUUUAUUGUCUACUUUUAUAGUUUAUUCUUCUUUUUAAAUUAUACAAAAAUGUGUCAACUAAUGAAAGUACAUGUGUAUAUAUACAGUGUUUAUUUUAAUAUUAUGAAUCAAGCUAUUUUAAAUGAGAAGUUAUGUUUUUAACUCUAAUCAAUUUAACAGCAAUGAUCCUAUAGAUGUCAUACUGGGAUCUAACGCAUAAGAAAGAUGGAUGGAUUAGUUUGAUGUCUAGUGACUGUGAAGAGGUUAAAUCAACUGAUUUUUUUCUUCCUUUUCGGUAUCAAAACGCCUUAUUCUAUGUGUUGUAGGAGAGUAAAAUCCUUACAAACAUGAAAUUAUCACCUUGGAUUUAUUAC